GACGCCAACACACGCUCGAUACACGGCGCGCUACACACAUACUUUUUUUAGCCGGUCGCGUUAUUCACGUUGUGUUCCGUUGUGUGUCCACAACGAGAGAUACUUCUCGAGCGGCUUCCGCUUUAGGCGCCGCACACAGCCGUCGUCACUGCCGCUGACCGCGACGACACCGUCGAUCUUAAAUCGCUUGCCUUCCGGCCGCGAGUGUGUUAUGCUGGUGGCCAGUGCCGUCGGCUGCUUGCACACGCGUCCCGCCGCUCCAGCGUGGCCAGAAACGUGACUGUAUGGUGGGCUCGCCCGGUGGGUAACCCUGCCUGUUACGGCAUGCCAAUACGCCGAGGACAUGUCACCCAGCGCACCACUCUUAUAGAGACCAUCAUCAGGAAAUUUGACACACACGACCGCAGUUUUUUGGUAGCCAAUGCUCAGCAAUCUGGCUGUAACAUAAUCUACUGCUCGGACGGUUUCUGUCGUAUGACAGGAUACAGCCGAGCUGAAGUGAUGCAAAGUCCAGCAAUUUGUGAGUUCCUUCAAGGACCGAUGACAUCACAGCAGGCCGUGGCAGUAGUCAAAGAGGCGUUGGCAGCCGGCAUGGAGAGACACUUUGAAAUUCUAUACUACAGAAAAGACGGUUCCAAGUUCCUGUGCAGCGAGGUCAUUGCCCCGGUUAAGAGUGAAGUGGACGAUAUAUGUCUCUACAUCAUCAAUUUUGAAGACCUUACAGCACCCUCUUCACCGGUAGACCAACCCGAUCCAGCUUCUAGACUGAGUAAAUUCGAUAGGGCCAGACAAUCGUUCAGGCAAUCUCUACGAAUGGGCUCUUUCCGUGGACGGAGUGCAAGGCAAGCUGGUCGACUCACCCCACUGCCACACGAUGACGAGUAUGACGAAGAAAGCAGUGCAACAGCCGCCGAAUUGAAAACACCUCCUACGCCCAAAGCUUCAGAUUCAUUGAGUUUAAAAACGGCUGCCGCUGAAAGUAUAAUUAUGUCAACAACCUCUGCCCGUAUUGAAGACGAAACGGCGACUGCAGCUAUUAGCUCUCAGAUACCCUAUAGUAGAUCUGAAAAUCAAAUUUGUCAUCCGCACAGGACUUCUGAAGUAUCAUCAUCGCCAAAAAUACAGAAAAAAAUACCAGAACGACAUCCUUCUUUCGGAGACCCUCCCGUUCGUUCUCACACAGAUUCUAUUUUGUCAUCGUACAUUGAAAAGGAUCAAUUUCAAAGACCAAAACGGCCACAUACUAUCGAAAAUAUAAAUGAAGCUUACAGGAGUCAUUUUACCGGUAAAAGUUUUCCGGACACUUCGUCUGAAACGGAUUUGCAAAAAUUCAACACCUCAACAAUUUGGGACCAUUCGACGUCGCUGGGAAAUUUAGCGUCAGAGAGCCUCAAAUACAAAUAUUCUAUACAAGACAAUGGGUCGGCAAAAUUUUUUCAAGGUGCUUUACAUACGCCGAAUAUGGGUGAAAAAGUUGCACAGGUAUUAUCGUUGGGGGCUGAUAUUCUUCCUGAGUAUAAGUUACAAUCACCCAGAAUCCACAAGUGGACCAUACUUCAUUACAGUCCAUUUAAAGCGGUAUGGGACUGGAUCAUUUUACUUUUAGUUAUUUAUACGGCUAUUUUUACUCCGUACUUUGCGGCUUUUCUUCUAAAUGAACCUCAUUUCAAAGGACCAAGACCAUUAAAGUUUAGUUUCGACGAUCCUCUGGUGGCCGUAGAUUUUUUUGUGGACAUAACGUUUAUUAUCGAUAUAGCCAUCAACUUCCGGACUACGUACGUUAAUAAGAACGAUGAAGUGGUGUCGACGCCAAGUAAGAUAGCAUUACAUUACUUUCGUGGAUGGUUUCUGAUCGACUUGGUUGCCGCCAUACCUUUUGAUCUUAUGAUUGCCGGUUCUUCAGCUGAAACGGACGAGUUGUCUAUGGAAACACAACAGAAGACCGAGGAGACUACCACUCUAAUAGGACUUUUGAAGACUGCCAGACUGUUAAGGCUCGUUCGGGUCGCCAGAAAAAUCGACAGGUAUUCGGAGUAUGGGGCUGCCGUUUUGUUAUUGCUGAUGGCUACAUUCGCAUUGAUUGCACAUUGGCUUGCUUGCAUAUGGUACGCAAUUGGGAACGCUGAAAGACCACAUUUAGCUAGUAAAGUGGGAUGGCUUGAUAUAUUAGCUAACGACACUCAUCAGUUUUAUUCACACAAUAACACGGGUGGACCCAGUAUAAGGUCGAGGUAUAUCACGGCAUUAUAUUUCACGUUUAGCUCGUUAACCUCUGUGGGGUUUGGAAACGUCGCACCUAACACGGACGCAGAGAAAGCAUUUACUAUAUGUGUUAUGCUCGUUGGAUCUCUCAUGUAUGCUAGUAUAUUCGGUAACGUUUCUGCGAUUAUUCAGCGAUUAUAUUCCGGUACUGCUAGGUAUCAUACUCAAAUGCUUCGGGUCCGAGAGUUUAUUAGAUUCCAUCAGAUACCUAAUCCUUUAAGGCAAAGAUUGGAAGAAUAUUUUCAACAUGCAUGGACUUAUACAAAUGGUAUCGAUAUGAACAGCGUACUCAAAGGAUUUCCGGAAUGUCUACAAGCCGAUAUUUGUCUACAUCUCAACAGAAAUUUAUUGAAAAACUGUUCGGCGUUCAACGGUGCUUCGCCCGGUUGUUUGAGAGCGCUGUCGUUAAAAUUUCGAACCACUCAUGCUCCACCCGGUGACACACUUGUUCAUCAAGGAGAUGUGCUAACAUCGCUGUAUUUUAUAUCAAGAGGUUCCAUCGAAAUAUUAAAAGACAAUGUAGUCAUGGCUAUACUGAGUAAAAAUGACAUAUUCGGUGAAAAUCCGUGUAAACACGCUACAAUUGGAAAAUCGUGCUGCAACGUGCGAGCUCUUACAUAUUGUGAUUUGCAUAAAAUCGAUAGGAGUGAUUUACUUGAAGUAUUGGAUUUAUAUCCUGAGUUCUAUCAUUCGUUUAAAGAAAACCUUGAAAUCACAUACUAUAUGCGAGAUGAAACGCAAGUUGGGGUAGAUCCAAGAGCUGGUAGGUAUAGCAGAAAGAUUCGAUCAAGGUCUAGUUCACAGGAACCAAUCGGUGGUACGGCCAAUAUUGGAGCGACAAAACGGUAUUAUCACAGCUUUCAUAGAGGUGUAUCGGAGAGCUGUAUAGGACCGUCAGAGCCUUUAAGAGAUGAUAUGAACGAUAUGGACAAUGUCAUGUCAGAUUUCAACAACAGUGAGAAAUACCCUGAUGGUCAUGGUAUUUUAGAGUUUUCAACAGAAAAAGCAGGCCAAGAUGUAACUCCAAUGAAUUUGAGGUUUGAAGACGAAGCUUCACAAAACCGGAAUUCAACUCUCAAUUCGAUCUCCGGCAUGUUCAGCCAACUCAAACGUAGUGUUACUGACAUUCGCUUGCAUGGCCUAUCGCAAAAGCAACAAGGCAGAGACGAGGAAAAUGGUAAAGCUGGUAACUCUGGCGGAUUGAAAACUUCAACAUCUCACAAACAUUUAUUUGCUUCUCAAUUUAAUGAGAAUCAACCGUUGCUCGAACAUCAACUGCCCAUUUCUGAAUCAUCUGCACUGUCACAUGAACAUCACAAGGACAGUAUCAGCAGCGAGCACGCCAGCGUACAAAAUGUAUCGGCAGCCUGUUUUAGUAUGACCGCAUCGUCGCAUUAUGGGACACCAACGGCCCAAAGCCCCUUACAUUCCACUUGUAAAGCACAAACCCCACCCUACCCCAAAACAUCUAUGACUGUGAUCGCUGAUAAUACGACUGUGAUAACGCCCCCGUCACCGCAACGUGCAAUUACUUCAUGUUCGCAGUGCGGCAAUAUCGACGUGCAUUAUCGUAUAGACAGACUGUUCAAACAAUUCGACAAUUUAGAGCAAUCUGUUUCGAACGACAUAAAAACGAUACUGCAUAUAUUGAAAUACAAAAACGGUGACUUCCUGGUACCGGAAAACCGAUUGGAUGGUUGUAGAUUGAGGCCAUCGCCUAUAAAAAAAACUUCAAGUAUACCAUCUAGCGAGCAUCUGCCCAGGCCGACUUUAGCAGUAAAGUUUAGGAGUUCGUCGCAAGACGAAACGAAAAGUGAGAGCCGAUGUCGACAGCAAGUGUCACCGAUUCGACAGUCAUCGGAUCCUCAAUCAAUUACCAUUCCAAGGCGAAGUUAUUCCCAACCUCACGAUCUCUGCCAGACCCAACAGAAUCGUUUGUCAAGGGAAAUGCCAGCUGCCAAUAUCUUUGACAUUUCCAGUUUGUCUUCCUCUAACAUGGAUUCUGCUGUUGCCAGUCAAAAACGACACCAGUUUGCAAGUUUGAGAAGUACGACCAGUUAUAAUUCCAGUGAUGAUGGCAAUGUUAUCGAAUUUACGCCGUUGGCACCACUUGCUAAACUAGAUUCGUUACAUGAAACAACAGAUUCGUCGGAUGCUCAAAGUCGUCCAAGCAGUACGACCACCAGUCCGUCACAUCAGUCACAACAACAGGGAACUGGUUUGUAACCUCAGCCGAUAUCAUUCUCUUGUCUGUAAUUCAAGGUGGAAAAAUAACGAGCUUGUUGUAUUUUUAUUUACAUUUUUUUAUUCGAAUCACAAACAAUUUUUGCGCUUUAUUGAAUUUAGCGUAUUUGAAAUUUGAUCAAUCAUUAAAAAAUAAUAAUGAAAAUUGUUUUCUAGUGUUAUUUUUGUUAAUGACAUAUAAAUUACGGUUUUUUUAUACGCUGAAAAAAUUUAAAAACAGAAAAGACGACUAAUUUUUUUUUGUGGGAGUUUUU